CCACUGCCUGCCAGCCAGACAUUGCCCUGCUUGCACACCACCAUGCGGCCGACGCCCGCCUGCUUUGCACCGGGCUUCUUCAAGCGCAGCCUGGACGAGUUCAAGCGCCUCUCCAACUAUGCGCUCAAGCUCGAGGGCCUCAAGUCGCCCCGCAAGCCCUUCCCGCUGAUUCUCUUCAACCAGCCCGAAGACAUUGAGCGAUGCAAGCGCAUGAGCGACAAGGACAUUGGCGGCUUCUCGACCGCAGACUUCGACUUCCAUCCCGCGACUAACGACGAACCCCCACAUGUCCGCUUCCACGGCGCCAUAUCCACGCAGCUGCCACACAACCAACCGCACAUCCAACGGACCGGCUAUGCUGGGUGGCGGACACUGGACCGCGGCUCGACCAUCUUCGGCAAGUCGCUGUGGGACGUGAGCAUGUAUGGCUUCCUCGCCAUCCACUUCAAGUCGGACGGGCGCAAGUACUUUGUCAACAUCCAGACCGAGUCGAUUGUGCCCACCGACAUCCACCAGCACCUGCUGCAUUCCAAGACGCCUGGAGAGUGGGAGACCAUCCUGAUCAAGUGGAGCGAGUUUGUGCGCACAAACCACGGCCAGGUCGUCGAGCCCCAGCGCGAGAUGUUGACGCAAAAGGUGCGGACAGUGGGCAUAUCGCUGAUAGAUCGGAUACCGGGCCCGUAUGAUCUCAGCAUCAGCAAGAUCUGGGCAACAAAUGCAACAAGUGAGGAUGAGCUGCUGAAAAGCGCUCCAGUCCCGAUUUUGAAGUCGCGCGAGAGCAAUCUGAAGAGUGCAAGCAGGAAGGAUUCUGGGCUUGGUUAAGCUUCGCGUGGGACGAUCAAAUAGAUGUGUAUAAUGCCACCUUGCCCUGAUG